CUCGCCGCCUCGGCCUUCGCGGCGCCACUCGACCGUCUCUCGCGACGCGACAUGAAGCACCGCGUGACAGACAUCACUAUCCACGAGAGCUGCAGCACUCCGCAGCGCCGCAUGAUCGGCAAGGGCCUGCAGGAGGCGAUGGAAGUCGCAGCCUUUGCCAAGGACUACAUCGCCACGAACGGGCCAUCGGACCCUGUCUUCAAGCUCUACUUUGGAGACAAGAAGGAGGCCUACCCCGCCGCCAUGGGCGCGUACGACGUGCUCCUCGACAGCAACAAGGACGGCGUCAUCUUCCGCUGCGACGACCCCGACGGGAACUGCCAUCAGCCGGGCUGGCGCGGCCACUGGCGCGGCGAGAACGCCACGCUCGAGACCGUCAUCUGCCCCGCGAGCUACACCGACCGCGUGUACAACGCCGCGUUCUGCAUGAACGGCUUCGUGCUCGCCGAGCAGAAGCCCAGCCUUUACUGGUCCGUCGACCUCAUUCACCGACUGUACCACGUCCUUGGUAACGAGGCGAUCUCGCACUAUGCCGAGGACCUUGGGGAUGUGAUCCGCCUCGCUCGCGACAACAGCACCUACUCUCCCAUCGACUCGGACGCCGUCCAGUACUUUGCCGCGCACGUGUACGCCCUCGAGGUCGCGCAGGGCGGUGACGCCUGCGUCGGCGACAUUGCGGGCAAGGCGAACGAGAAGCCUGCCGACAAGCCUGCCCCAGCGCCUGCUUCCUCUGCGUCUACCCCCGCCGCGUCCGGCACCGACUGCCACACGCACGCCGACGGCUCUGUCCACUGCGGGUCGCACUAG